AUGGCUGAAGAGGAGACCGGUACACAAUCCUCAAGCUUCCAUUUGGGGGAAGGAAUGGAUCCCGAAGGCUUCGCUGGACCAUCCGAGAAGGUCGUACAACCCUUAACGGCUGAAGCACUAUCUGCAUUCCAGGCUGCCCAGGAGAAAGCUGGUGUUAUCUACAUAUCACGGAUACCCCCCGGCAUGCGGCCGACAAAGGUCAGAUAUAUCAUGAGCGAAUACGGGGAGGUGGGACGAGUGUAUUUGCAGCAAGAAGAUCCUAAGCGUGCGUAUUUGCGACGAAAGUACACUUCUACGAAGAAGGCGCAUUACACGGAAGGCUGGGUCGAGUUUAAAGACAAAAAGGUUGCUCGAUCGGUCGCGGAGAUGCUGAACGCACAGCCCAUCGGUGGGAAAAAGGGCACGCGCUGGCGAGACGACGUGUGGACGAUGAAGUACUUGCCAAAGUUCAAAUGGAACAUGCUCACUGAGCAGAUCGCACAUGAAGCGGCUGUCCAUACUGCGCAGUUGCGCGUGGAACUUUCCCAAUCGCGGCGGGAGCAGCGGGAGUAUCUGAAGAAUGUGGAGCUCGCUAGAGUGCUGGACAAGCGCGCGGAACGCAAACGCAAAUCUGACCCAGAUGGAUCAGCAGAUAUGGCGAACAAACAUCCACCGAAAGUUCAGAAGAACGAGCCUGAUGAUUCGCGGAGAGAGAGACCACCGAAGGAGAAAACGAACAAGAAGAAACUCCCAGAGAUUGUUGAUCCCAGUGCAGACAGACAGUUGGAUAGUGUAUUGCAUAGCAUAUUUUAG